AUGUCGGACUCGAACCUCGUCGCGGAAUCAUGGGUGUGGUUUGCGCUGACGCUUACUGUCGUCCUGGCCCGAAUGGUCUCCCGGAGAUUGCUACGCGGAUCAUUCAAGAAGCUGCAGAUGGACGACUACCUCAUGGCCGUUGCCAUGAUCACCUACACCAUCCUGCUUGUCGGCGUCAAGAUCCUCAACCACACACCCACCAACCUCAUUGACCCGAAUGAUGCGACGAUUGUGCUUACUCCCGAGAGCAUUGUGACAAGAGCAUAUGGGUCGAAAUGGGUCCUUGUCGUCGAACAGAUGCAGAUUGCCACGAUUUGGACCGUCAAGGUCUGCCUGUUGAUCAUGUACAGCCGGUUGACAAUGAGCUUGAAGCAGAACUUCCUUGUCAAGAUCACGGCAGCGUACGUCGCUUUCGGCUUUCUCUUCAUGGAGAUCACUUUCUUUGGCGCCUGGUGCCGCCCGUUCUCCAACUAUUGGGAGGUUCCUGUUCAGAGCAUUCAAUGCUCGGCCGAGAGGAACCACAUGAUCACGAACGCUGUCUUCAACAUCACCUCGGAUCUCAUGAUCAUCUCUCUCCCCAUGCCGAUCUUUCUCCAAGCCCAGUUGCAGCUGGAGAAGAAGGCGAUCCUGAUGGGCGUCUUUGCGCUGGGCAUAUUCACGAUCUUCUGUGCCAUCCUCAACAAGUACUACAGCUUCUCAGAAACUUACGGCACCCAGUGGAUCUUCUGGUACAUCCGCGAGGCCUCCACCGCUAUCAUCGUUGCCAACCUGCCGCUCACCUGGACCCUGCUGCAGCGCAUGUUCCGUAUCAGUUCCUUUAGCGGCCGCUCAACACGCCCGCGCGUCAGCGUGGAGAACUUGCGACAUCGGCCCAUCUACGGCAACCUGCCGAGUCGCGCCCAGGAUCGCCGACCAAAGAUGAGAACCGAAGACCAGGACUCCAGCCAAUCGGAGAGCCAUGAGUAUCCCGCCUACCCGGACUAUAGCCAAUAUGGGAGCCAGGAGUAUGGUAUCUACAGGGUCUUGCCUCUUGAGACAUACCAGAAUAACGAGAUCACCUUGGAGGACUUUGAGGCGAACAGCGGUCGGAUGUUACCAUUGAUUCCUACUCGACCAGAGUACACUUUGCAGAGGAGUAGAGACAGCGACGUAGUCCAGACAUAA